AUGGGCGGCCGCAAGAAAGGCAAAGGCAAGACCGACGACGGCUGGGCGCCUAGGGACGACAGAACAGGCGAAAUUGUGACUUCCAAUGCAAAGAUGGAGGCCUACUACAAGGCUCAGCACAUCCUCGCCAGCGAGGAAGAGCACGAGACGAUGUACGCAGCGUUCAGGAGAGAUUUGCCAACGACUUUUCGUGUCAAUGGAUCGAGGCCACUCGCCCAAGACUUGCAAGAGACGAUCAAGACAGAAUAUGUGCCUUUCCUAAACGCGAUCAAGCUCGAGAGUGAAGUGACGCCCUCGCUUGAGCCUGUCACUUGGUAUCCCAAACACUAUGCCUGGUCUAUCAAGAUCGCCCGCAAAUUGCUACGCAAGACGCCAGAGUACAAGAAAUUUCAGCAUUUCCUCGUGUACGAGACCGAGGCGGGCAAUAUCACACGUCAAGAAGCCGUCAGCAUGAUUCCGCCUCUCUUCCUCGACGUGCGCAAGUCAGAUUGGGUUCUUGACGCAUGUGCCGCGCCGGGAAGCAAAACAUCGCAGAUACUAGAAGCGCUAUCGGGCUCAGAUGCUCCAUCUGGGUCCAAAGAGGGCUUACUGGUGGCCAAUGACAGCGAUGCAAAGCGAUGCCAUAUGCUCAUCCAUCAGACGCUCCAUCGACUUGGCUUCCCCAGCUGCAUGAUUGUCAACAAUGACGCCAGACACUUGCCGACGUUCUGGCUGCCCUCUGAGCCUGGUAGCGCGAAAGCAAAGCAACCGCUGCUUUACGAUCGUAUCCUCUGCGAUGUUCCUUGCUCUGGCGAUGGGACGUUGCGCAAGAACGUUGCGAUCUGGUCAAAAUGGAGUCCUUCUGAUGCCAUCGGCCUGCAUGCAAUGCAAUUGAGGAUUCUUGAGAGAUGCAUUCAGCUGCUCAAGCCGGGAGGUCGACUCGUCUACUCCACCUGCUCGAUGAAUCCGAUAGAGAAUGAGGCCGUCGUCGGGGCCGCCCUCGCUGCGAACAGGAAUCUGCACCUGGUCGACGCGAGCAGUCACCUACCGGAACUGAAGAGAUCGCCAGGUCUAACGACUUGGCGCGUACUCGACAAGAACAUGCAUGAGCAUCCUACUGCGUCCCCUUCCCUACCCUUUCUACCGCAAACGAUGUGGCCAACAGGAGAGGCGCUCGAUCUCGAACGCUGCAUGCGAUUCUAUCCCCAUGUGCAAGACACUGGCGCAUUCUUUGUCGCCGUGCUCGAGAAGAUCGCAAAAGAAGUUCCGCUCCCCGUUGCAACCGCGCAAGAGAAUGCGCCGGCUAAGCGAAAGCCCAGUCAGGAGCCUGUCGAACGCGCGCCGGCGCCGAAGAAAGUCAAGGGCGGCAGAGGUGUUCUCAAGGAAGAGCCUUUCAACUAUGUGCAGACAGAUCACCCUGCCUUGGGGUCGCUCAAGCAUGUUUCCUCGUCUUUCCUCGGUAUCAGAGAGGAUUUCCCCAUGCAAAAUCUGCUCGUGCGGAACGCGACCGGAGAACCUCAAAGGACGCUCACGCUCACUUCCAAUAUCAUCAGGACUAUCUUGACGCACAACAGCCCAGAGACAUUGCGACUCAAGUCUUGCGGAGUGCGUCUGCUGUCGCGAACAGAGUCGAGCAAGCUCAAAGACUACAAGUCGAUGUGGCGAUUCACUACAGAGGGCAUCGACGUCUUGCGUCCUUAUCUGACAGCUGAGCGAAUCGUCACUGGCACGAUAGACGACCUUCGCACGCUCAUCGGACCAGAGCCGAGUCCUACUCUGUCCGCAUUGAACGAUAGCGCGCUCGCAAGGGCAUUAGAUCCGCUUGAGCCCGGCACACUCCUCUUGCUCGCUGACAUUCCGCGCAAAGCUCAGCAGCUCGCGCUGCCAAUGUGGCUAGCACGAGUCUCAUGCAACCUCCUACUCGACAAGACCGAUCGCAGUGCGCUUAGUCUUAGGCUCUUUGGCGAGGAUCUCAGCCCUAAAUAG